CGUCCCGGCGUGCCCCGCGGCUCCUGGGCGGGCUUUGCUCGCGCGUGGGCGCCAUCUUGAGCCCGACCGCCGGAACCGCGCUGCGGAGCCCCGCCCCGCGAGGAUGAGCAAGGUUUGUGCCAUUUUUGGAGGAUCCCGAGGAAUAGGAAAAGCUGUAGCAGAAUUAUUGGCACGGAAAGGCUGCCAGCUGGCAAUUAUUGCUAGAAAUCUUGAAGUAGCCCAAAAUACUGCAUGCGGUCUUGGUGCUGGCCAUUUGGCACUUAGCUGUGAUAUAUCCAGAGAACAAGAAGUCCAACGCGCUUUUGAAGAGAUACAGAGGAAUUUAGGUCCUAUAAACUACUUGGUUAAUGCAGCUGGGAUCAACAGGGAUGGCUUGUUACUGAGAACCAAGACUGAAGAUAUGGUAUCCCAGAUUCACACAAACCUUUUGGGAACAAUGCUGACAUGUAAAGCUGCUGUAAAAAGUAUGAUUCAUCAUCAAGGAGGUGCUAUUGUUAAUAUAGGAAGUGUUGUAGGACUUAAAGGCAACUCUGGUCAAAGCAUAUACAGUGCUAGCAAAGCAGGAAUAGUUGGAUUUUCACGUUCUCUUGCUAAAGAAGUAGCAAGAAAGCAGAUUCGAGUCAACGUGGUUGCUCCAGGUUUUAUUCACACAGAGAUGACUGCUCAUUUGGAAGAAGACCAGCUGAAGAAAGCAAUUCCCCUUGGAAGAUUUGGAGACCCUCAAGAAGUUGCACAAGCUGUUUUAUUUCUCCUGGAGUCCCCUUAUGUUACAGGCAGUACUCUAAUUGUGGAUGGCGGCUUGCAGCUUUUGAUUUAGAUAUUACCUUGAAUAAAUACCUGCUUAAAUGUCGAGUGGGUAACAUAUACAUGCUAAUUAAGGAGGGGGAAAUUAGUCUAAGAUUCAUGUAUGCAAUUGACUUGAUAUUCUUUAAUCAGAUAACUAAUUUGUUGCAGUAGAGUCCGACAGGUAUGCUUUUCUUCCUGAAAGAGUCCAUUUGGUUGUAUGAAGUUUGCAUAUGUAACAAUUCUAAAAAGGUCUGCCUUUGGUAUGGUGAUAGUUAUAAAUCACUUCCUGAUGCAUUUUUAAAGCACUGUUUUUAUCAAGACACGUUUUCCAGUUUGGAAACGGAGUAGAGAUUAUAAUCUGAAUUAUUGUCUUACACAAAGGUGAAUAAAAUGCUUAUUUGCUGCCA